AUGUCGCUCGUAUCCGGCGAGAAGUCGAACUUCCAGUUCAUCCUGCGUCUCCUCAACACCAAUGUCGACGGAAAGCAGAAGACCAUGUUUGCCUUGACCAAGAUCAAGGGUGUCGGUCGUCGCUACUCCAACCUUGUCCUCAAGAAGGCCGAUGUCGACCUCUCCAAGCGUGCUGGUGAGCUCACCUCUGAGGAGCUUGAGCGUAUCGUCACCAUCCUCCAAAACCCCACCCAGUACAAGAUCCCCACCUGGUUCCUCAACAGACAAAAGGACAUCGUCGACGGAAAGGACUCCCAAAUCGUCUCCAACGCCGUCGACUCCAAGCUCCGUGAGGAUCUCGAGCGCCUGAAGAAGAUCCGAGCCCACCGUGGUCUCCGUCACUACUGGGGUCUCCGUGUCCGUGGACAGCACACCAAGACCACCGGUCGUCGUGGUCGUACCGUCGGUGUCUCCAAGAAGAGGGGUGGUUAA